AGUUUGAAAGCUGUGACCAAGAAAGACUCCCACUCUGUCGCCAAAUUAUGAAGAUUUUUCUAGCUUCUUUGCUAGUCUUCGGACUAGCAAUUGAUUUAGUUGUAUCACAAGCUGCCCUACCUGGUCAAUUUCCAAGCCAUGGUGCACUGAUCUUCCAAGGACGAAUUUGCGGUGCAACCAUUCUUAACAAUCGACACGUACUCUCCGCUGCAUCUUGCGGUCUGUCUCCUACUUUUGAACGAUUGCCCGUUGCAGCUUACACCCUUCAUUUGGGAGUAGUUCAUAUUCCUACUACACCGGGAAUGGCGAUUAUUCAAUUUUACAUUCAUGAAGAGUACAAUCCUCAUCAUGAACAUUGGAACAAUAUUGCCGUCUUCAGAACAGCUCUUACCAUCAUCCUUGACUUACCUCCACCUGCACCAUUUUCAGCUGUGGAAACUUACAACAGAAUAGUACCUGAUGGAGAAAAUUGUGUCCUUGUUGGAUGGGUUGCACCUCCACAACAUACGGUAAUACCACUUCAACAUCAAGUUCAGGAAAUUUUCAGUAGGGAAUACUGCAAUAGUCUGCCUCAAGUAGCCGGUAGCGUUUUGGAUUCUAUGGUCUGUGCUGGAAAUAUUUUGGUAAAUCCCAACCCAUGUCCAAAUAAUCCUGGAGGUGCUCUCUACUGCUAUGGACGACUCUUUGCCAUCAUGUCCCACAAUCGUCAAUGUGGAAUGCCAAAUGCUCCUGGAGUUUACACACAAUACAGAUUUUACGAACAUUGGAUACAAGUACAGAUGAACCGAACGGAUACUCCUCCAGCAGGACCUACUCCUCCCCCAGGAGGGCAUUCUGGUGGUAAAAGUAUCGUCGGGAUACCGCUUUUCACUCUACUAUCCCUUCUUACCCUGAGACUUCUUGCCUAAUUGAACAGGACGGACAGCGCGAGGACAAACAAAUUGUUAACAUUUAAAUGUUUGUAAUAAUUUAUUAUCAUAAUUGCGUUUCAAUAAAACUUUCUUACAACUCCUUCAGA